AUGGCGACAUUGGAAACAAACAUUGUUGCUGAACUGCGGUCAAAGUUUCUAGAUGUUCUUCGUAGCCGUCGUCCUCCUGACAGCUUGUUUGGAUGCUCUCAGAUGGCUGAUCAAAAUAAUCACGAUAGUAGUGACAUAUUGAGACAAGUGAGCUCAUUAGCUGCAUAUGCUAUUGUUCAAGAUUGUAUUGGUGCAAUUGAUGGAACGCAUAUACGUGUUAAAGUUUCACAACAUGAAGCACCAAAAUAUCGUGGGAGAAAUGAUUAUCCAACUCAAAAUGUACUAGCUGCAUGUACAUUUGAUUUAAAAUUCACAUAUGUGUUAGCUGGGUGGGAAGGUACAACGUCUGAUUCAAGAAUCAUGAAAGAAGCACUAAAUAGUCAAGAUGCACUAAAAAUUCCCGAAGGAAAAUUCUACCUUGUUGAUGCUGGACUUAUGUUGAGAAGCGGACUUAUUACACCUUAUCGGGGGGAGCGAUAUCACUUGAAAGAGUAUUCAAGAAAUAAUCCACCUCGAAAUUCUCAUGAAUUAUUUAAUUUACGACAUUGUUCUUUGCGUAAUGCUAUAGAACGCGCAUUUGGAGUUCUUAAACAGAGAUUUCCUAUAAUUUCUAGCUCAACUGAGUCAUCAUACGGAACUAAAACUCAAAAGUUGAUUAUAUUUGCCUGUUGUGUCUUGCACAACUAUUUAAGAGGUGUAGAACCAAAUGAUGAGUUACUCGCUCAAGUUGAUGCAGAUCUUAUGAAUGAUGAUAAUACUGUGCAUGAAGAACCUCCAAAUUCUAGAGAAAGUAACGAAGAGUUUAGGAAAGGGGAGUUGAUUCGAGAUGGCAUAGUAGUUGCCAUGUGGACUAAUUAUUAA